UAUAAUGGAAACUUUAAACGCUCUGAUUGAUAGUUUUGUUGAAAGUGUGUAUAACUGUGACAAUAAAACUAGGCGACAUUUACAAAGAUUGGACACACACUAUGGUUAUCUAUUAGCACCGUCAAAUUCAAAAUGUGAGCAAAACGCUUUGACAUUUGAAAGUCUGAGGAUGAAGAAGACCGUAUGAAGGAUAUUUGUGUCUUAUGUUAUUAGCGAUGUUGUGGAUUUUGAUCGUUUUUAGCCUUCUUCUAUCAGUCUUUGGACACAACAACAAUCAGUGUUUCCUGCCUGAGAACAGGACGUGUCAGACACCAGGACCAUAUGUGAAAGGAUGUUUGUGUAGCUGUUUCAAAAACGUAACUGUCAAUAGAGAUUUUUUACAUAUAAAUUUCUCUUCCUGUGUUGCGGUACUACAAACAUGUUCGUUGUAUAAAUUAUGGUUUGACGUAAGAUUCUUGGACCAAAACAAGACGGUCAUUGCUUCAAAAGAGGAAACAUACAUCGAUCACAACAUCAAAGAAAAAUCACAAACUUUUCCUUUGUAUAAGUUAAGUAACCCACUGGAAGAAAGACACCCUUUUUACGACCGAAACAAUUAUGUUAAAUUACAGAUGAUGAAAAUGUACACUGUUUUGAUCAAACCACAAUGUACAGCUUGUGACAAUUCCUGCAGAUACAUUAGAAAUGAUAUACAAGUUGUUAGAAAUUUCAUGACAUCAACUAUACUGCCAGAAAAUCCAAAUAAAGGCGCCAUUUGGAUGCUUUUGGUAAUUGUAGCAGGAGUCUUUGCACUAUUCAUUAUUUUGUCAGUAUUCAUUUUUACCAAGAGAAGAAGACAUUUCAUUCAGAAUACAGAUAGUUCGUCAAGAUUGAUUGAACAAAACAGAAAUGACCCAAACGUGUUCGGAAAGUUAUAUAUCGUACCUUUAUCCGAUGCUGAUCCGAAACAUGUGGAACAUUUAAAGCAAUGGUUUCAUAAUAAAACUACUUGCCGUCUUGUGCAACCGGAAUAUCUAAUGGUGAAGUGUAAUAAUGGCAGCCUGAAUAUGGCAAGGGAUUUCUCAAAUGACACUGUUAUCCUCGUCGUUCUUACUAACAAUAUGGUAAUAAGCUUCUUGAGACAGUGUUAUGAUAAUAGUGGAGACCUAUGGAAUGACUUGCAUUUUUGUUUUCUACAAAAUAUAAUUGAAUCCAUUGAAUCAUUUCCUUCAAUGUAUUUUGUGACGUUCGACAGUGAAAUGAAACUUACUGUUCUGAAUUUUGACUUUAACAAUAAACUUAAUGGUCUCAUGCAAAGACUAAUUGUAAUGUCUAAUUGCGCUGAAGAACAAAAAUUGCAAUUAAACCGUGUUCUGAAUUUUGUGCAUAUUUCAAACCAAGCCACUGUUGUUUAACUUUGUUGGACUGUUUUUAUUUUUGAUUUGCUUUAUAGUCGACAAAAUUUUAUGUUUGCUCCUUAUAUAUUUCAUUUCUAUUAGACUAAAUAUUAUUUAAAUGUUAUUUUUAUGUUA